UCUCACACUACACGUCUAGCUGCAAUGAAUGACGUAAUGCAAACACUCAUAUCGUUUGCAGGGCUUUGGGCGUUUCGUUUUGCUGCUGUUGUUUUUAAUUGAACAAAAUACACUUGUAAGAUGUCUGAUAUUCUUGCUGAGGCAGUGAAGGGGGCAGCAGCCCACCCACGGCCAGAGGGCAUCCAGUUUGCCUACGGAACUGCUGGUUUCAGGGACAAGUCAACCAUCUUAGACCCUGUCUUAUACCGUAUGGGGCUGCUUGCUGCGCUGAGGUCAAAGGCCAAAAAAGCCACAGUAGCUGUGAUGAUUACUGCAUCACAUAACCCUGAGCCAGACAAUGGAGUCAAGCUGGUGGAUCCGAUGGGUGAGAUGUUGGAAGAAUCCUGGGAGGAACAUGCCACAGACUUGGCAAAUGCUAAAGAUGAAGACAUUGGGUCUGCCCUGCAGAGGAUCAUUGAUGCAGUAGACAUUGACAUCAGUCUUCCUUCAGAUGUCUUUGUUGCCAGGGAUACCAGGCCAAGUGGACCACCUCUAACACAAGCCUUGUUGGAUGGGCUGAAGGUCAUGGGGUCAACUUUCACUGACUUUGGGAUACUGACAACUCCUCAGCUGCACUACCUAGUGCGCUGCCACAACAGCAAGGGUGCCUAUGGGGAGCCAACAGAAGAGGGCUACUACAAGAAGCUAGCACAGGCCUUCCUUAAACUGAGGAAAGAUGCGGGUGCAAAGAAGAAGUACGAGCCAGUUGUGAUUAUAGAUGGUGCUAAUGGAGUGGGUGCUCUGAAGACAAGGAAACUGCAGUCACAUCUACAUGAGUCCUUGAGGAUAACAGUCUGUAAUGAUGGGUCGUCUGGAAAACUGAAUGAGAAGUGUGGAGCAGAUUUUGUGAAGGUCCAACAGAAGCCACCAGCAGGUCUGGAGAUUCAACCAGGACAGAGGUGUGUGUCCUUUGAUGGUGAUGCAGACAGGGUCGUGUUUUUCUACGUAAACAAAGAUGGAGUUUUCAAUCUUUUAGAUGGUGAUAAGAUUUCAACAUUGAUUGCCGGCUAUCUGGGUGAGCUUGUGUCAGCUUCUGGUCUUCAACUGAACAUUGGUGUGGUGCAGACAGCAUACGCUAACGGGUCUUCCACAAGAUACCUGGAGGAUGUCAUGAAAGUACCUGUGUCCUGUGCAAAGACUGGAGUGAAACACUUGCACCACAAGGCUCUGGAGUUUGAUGUUGGGGUUUACUUUGAAGCCAAUGGACAUGGAACAGUACUUUUCAGUGACCAAGCAGAGCAGAAGAUCAAGGCUGCCAGCCAGGAUGACAGCCUUGAGUCCAGCAAGAGAGAAGCAGCAACCAGGCUGACUCUCAUGAUGGACCUGAUCAACCAAACUGUUGGGGAUGCCAUCUCAGACUUCCUGGUGGUGGAGACCAUCCUGUCCACCCGAGACUGGGCUGCUGAAGACUGGAACAUGCAGUACAGGGACCUCCCAUCCAGGCUGCUCAAGAUCAAGGUGAAGGACAGGACGGCUGUCCAGACGACUGAUGCUGAACGCUGUGCCACGGCUCCAGCUGGUCUACAGGAGGCCAUCAACAAACUUGUUGCUAAGUACCAGCAGGGAAGAUCCUUUGUCAGGCCUUCAGGUACAGAAGAUGUAGUCAGGGUGUUUGCAGAAGCAGAUACUCAGGCCAAUGCAGACAUGCUUGCCCAUGAGGUGAGUGUGCAGGUGUACCAGCUGGCAGGGGGAGUCGGGGACCAGCCACAGCCUCCCUGUGCCCCUUAGAGCUGUGAACUAUGACAGUACCACAGCUAGUAGGCUUAAGACUACGUUUAUUGACGUCUUGUCAUACAAGACAUCCAUAUGAAAUUGUGGUUAAUCCAUAUGCUGGAACACCUAAUUACUGUUGAUCAAAGUUCAAGUGAGCAGGAUAAAUUAUCAUAUUGGUGGCAAUGGUAUUUUACUUCAUGGCUUGCACUAUGUCACAAUUGUGCAUUCAUUAUGUCUUGUGAGGAGACAUUUGAAUACUUAGUAUAAAGGACAGGUAGCUAAAAUGGUCUUAAAUUAGCAUAUAUUCUACAAUCACUUUUUUAUAUUCUUGCAGCAGCAAAGAGUCUUAAGUGCUAAGUAGAACUUUAAAGUGCAAUCAGUGGCUUAGGUAACAAAUCUUUAUCAUGAGAUUGUAUAACUUUUUUUCUUUGCAACGACUUGUGGGAUGAUUCAACAGUCUGGUGUUGUGUAAGUCAUAAAUGUCUGUUGUAUUUUACUCAUCAAUUUUUUUCAUACUGCUGUUUAUGAGGCUAAGUUGUUCCAGCUCUAGGAGAGAGAUAUCUGGCUACAGUAAUGGUCAUCUUUCCAACUCUCAGCAUAAACACACAUAUACAAGUCACAUGUGCCUAGACAUGUUCACCAUCCAUCUCUUUAGGUGGUGUGUUCCUUAGAAGCCAGCUUUCUUAUGGAACAUACCAUUAUUCUCGCAGGUGGUGGGAGCUGCAGUAAAAUAAGUUCCAGCCCCAUUCUCAUGUACAUUUUGUACAUGUAUCUGAUUGUUUUAAGUAGAAUUGAUUUGCAGUUUCAUUGUGCAGUGUAUGUGUGUGUAGAGCUGCAGGAUUUGACUUCCUGUAAUUGUAUAAUUUAUGAACAAGUACAAUAAACUCCAAUGCAGUGUUCCCAUAGAUUGCAUAAAAUAUUCUGUGAUG